GGCAAAAUUCUCCAUGGAAGAAAAGAAACAAUAACCCGCCAUGAGAAGCUUAAUCAAACUCCAGUCUUUACAUUCCAACUAUAAUUCAAACCUCCUUCGCUUACGCUUCAAAAAAUCGUUUCGUGUCUCUCAGUUCUCAAGCCUCGCUAGAUCAUCCAAGCCAAAGAAACAAACCCACGACAAGAAAGCACAACCAGAAACUAGUACUACUAGCAUUGGAUCGCUUUUCAACGAGAUUACCGACAUUCUAGGCACCGAGAGCUUCGCUUCCGAUAAAACCUCAUCUGGGUUUUCGAUAUCCGGGGAAACCUGUGUCGGGGGCAGUGAGUUUGGCGCUAGAAUCACGUCUUGCACACUAACUGUUUGUAGAAAUGUCGAGGAGAGCGUGUUGCAAGAAAAAGAUGGUUUUGCGAUUGAAAUUGAUGUUAGUCCGGUUGUUCAUGAGGUUGCACGGAUUGUUAGGGCGGAGUUCGGUUCGGUUUCGAUGGAGGAACGGUUGGAGAAAUCGGGUUUCGAGUUGGAUUCGGAGAUUGUUGAUAAAGUGUUGAAAAGGUGCUUCAAGGUGCCACAUUUGGCUAUGAGGUUCUUUAACUGGGUGAAGCUGAGAGAUUGGUUUGAUCCCACAACUCGGGUUUACAAUACGAUGUUGUAUAUAGCCGGGGAAGCUAAAGAAUUCCGGCUGAUGGAGAAGCUGGAGGAGGAAAUGGAGAAGGCAUCUUGUGAGAAGGAUGUCAAGACUUGGACUAUUCUUAUUUCGAGUUACGGUAAGGCGAAGUUGAUAGGCAAAGCCUUGUUGAUUUACGAGAAAAUGAUCAAGUCUGGUCGAGAACCAGAUGCAGUGGUUUACAGGAUGAUGAUACGCUCACUUUGUGCUGCGGGGAAAGCAGAUAUUGCAAUGGAAUUUUACACGGAAAUGGCCCGGAAGGAUAUAAGACUUGACUUGAGUUUGUAUAAGAUGCUACUAAGUUGUAUAGCAAGAUCAGGAGAUAGUGCUGGUGUCCACUUGGUUGCGGAUGAUAUGGUUAAAGUUUCCCAGAUUCUGGAUCACAUUGUUUAUGGUUGUGUAGUUAAGAGUUUUUGCAUUUCCGGGAGAAUUAGAGAUGCUUUGGAAUUUAUACGAGACCUCAAAGAUAAAGAUGUAACAUUUGGAUAUGAAUAUUUCGAGACUUUAGUUAAAGGAUUGUGUAGAGCUGAUAGGAUUGUAGAUGCUUUGGAGAUCUUCGAAAUUAUGAAAAGAAGACAACUUGUUGAUGGAAAUGUUUAUGGAAUCAUCAUCAAUGGGUACUUGAGAAGAAAUGAUACUUCCAAAGCCCUUGAUCUGUUUCAAAGCAUGAAAGAAGUCGGACAUUGUCCUAAAGCUUCCACUUACACAGAGUUGAUGCAACACCUCUUCAGGUUGAAACAGUAUGAAAAGGGCUGCGAGCUAUAUAAUGAGAUGCUGGAAAGAGGGGUUGAGCGAGAUAGUGUGGCGAUCACAGCAAUGGUUGCAGGUCAUGUCCGUGCCAAUCGUGUUUCCGAAGCAUGGAAAGUCUUCAGGAGUAUGGAAGACAAAGGUGUUUGGCCCACUUGGAAAGCAUAUUCAAUAUUUGUUAAGGAACUGUGCAGAAUUUCAAACACGGAUGAAAUUCUAAAGGUUUUGAAUGAAAUGCGAGCUUCUGAGAUACUCAUCGGAGAUGAAGUAAUCCAUUGGGUGAUAUCUCAUUUGGAGAAAAAGGGGGAGAUAGAAAAUGUGGAAAAAGUAAAGCAAAUCCAGAGAAGCUGCAAAGUUUCAGCUCAAGGUGAUUUAUCUUCUCCUGAUGAAUCUUUGGAACAGGAAAACAAUAUGGACUUGAUUUCCAUGUCAGAGUCAGGGAUGAUGGAUUGCUGUCUAUUGGAGCCACUUCCAAAGGCUUACAACGAGAGGGAUUUGCAGGAAAUCUGUAGGAUUUUAUCGCUAUCACGAGAUUGGUUCUUAAUUCAAGAAGCUUUGGAGAAAUGCACUGUUGAGUUCACACCAGAACUUGUUGUGGAGGUAUUGAGGAACUGCAAUACAAAUGGUUAUCCUGCAUUUCAGUUCUUUUCAUGGGUAGGAAAGCAAACCGAUUACAGCCACACAGUGGAAACUUACAACACGGCCAUCAAACUCGCGGGACGUGGGAAAGAUUUCAAGCACAUGAGGAAUCUCUUUUAUGAGAUGAGAAGAAAAGGGCACUCAAUAACAUCAGACACAUGGACAAUCAUGAUCAUGCUAUAUGGUCGUACUGGCUUAACUGAGAUUGCUCUGAACACUUUCGGGGAGAUGAAAGCCAACAAUUGUAACCCAAGUGCCAGCACCUACAAGUACUUGAUCGUAUCUCUUUGUGGGAAGAAAGGAAGAAAAGUAGAUGAAGCCAUAAGACUAUUCCAAGAGAUGAUUAGUGCCGGGCACAUCCCAGACAAAGAAUUGAUUGAAACUUAUCUUGCUUGUGUAUGUGAAGUUGAUAAGCUUUCAGAUGCUCGAAAAUGUGUAGAUUCUCUUCAGAAACUUGGUUUCACAGUUCCUCUCAGUCAUUCUCUAUACGUCAGAUCACUUUGUAGAGCAGGGAGGUUAGAAGAAGCUUUGGCUUUAGCAGAUGAAAUUGGAGAAGAGAAAACUACAUUAGAUCAGUCCACUUAUGGAAGCAUCUUUCAUGGGCUAUUGAGGAAGGGAAGAGUGGAAGAAGCCCUUGCGAAGAUGGAUUCAAUGAAGGCAACGGGCAUUAAUCCAACGGUCCAUGUGUACACGUCCCUGAUUGUUCAUUUCCUGAAGGAGAAACAGAUUCAAAAGGCUUUGGAAACUCUUCAGAAAAUGAGAGAAGAGGGUUGUGAACCAACAAUUGUUACUUAUUCAGCAUUUAUCAAGGGAUAUGUGAACAUGGGCAAUAUUGGUGAGGCUUGGAAUGUGUUCUAUCUGAUGAAAGUGAAAGGGCCUUUGCCUGACUUCAGGACUUAUUCAAUGUUCAUUAGUUGUCUCUGUAAUGUGGGAAAAUCUGAAGAAGCUGUAAGACUCAUAGAUGAAAUGCUGAAUAGUGGGAUUGUUCCUAGUACUGUCAAUUUCAGAACAGUUUUUCAUGGCCUAAAUAGGGAAGGGAAGCAGAGUUUGGCACGGAGUGUAAUGCAGAAAAAGCUAGCUUUGAUAAGAAAACGCAAGUUCCUGACAUAAUUUAUUUUGUUCUUCUUUCUAGAGUUUGUUUUGUUGCUUCAACCAAACUAAUUAUACAUCGAGCACCUCUAUUCAUCUUGAUGGUGUUAAGAUCCCGCUACUCACGUGAAGUGGAUUCCACUAAAUAGAUAGAUGGGCAUUAAUCUAGU